CUUGAGUGUUGUUCCUGCUGCUGUUUGAAACAUAUGUUUGUAUAUGCGCGCGCGUUGACGAAGGGUGCAGAGCAGAAGCACAGCGGCAAUAAAAUCCAUAACAAAACAAACAAGCGAUUCACAAGUUGUUAGUUAAAUGGGGUUUAAUAAUUUUGUUGUAUGUUAAACUCAUUUUGUAAUUUGAACGCUACCGACGAGUAAACAACGUGUGUUCUGGUCAUACAGUGUUGUGCUAGUAGCUAAGUUCCCACUAGUGGAAAAUGCUGGAGAAUAGUGAAUUGCACUGUGUGGAAGUGUGAGCGGAAACGGUAUCACUCACUAAGGGAUAUUCACCGGGAUUUAGUUCAGCAGAAUCAUUUGAACCCAGGUGUUGACUCAAAAUUAUUACGAUUGAUUGAAGUUUCUAAUUCGUUUGUUCGAGCAAUUGAGUAAUCGUGGUAUCGUGGCUGAGAAAAAGUAUUAUCCAAAUAGUGUAAAAAUAUGGCAACAUAAUAAUCCAAGUUUAACACUUGAUUCCUGUAAGCGUUACAUUAUUAAAACUGGUGUAUACUGAAAUUCGUGUGUAGUAAAUUAAAAGCUAUGUCUUCUUCGGAAGUGGAUAUUGACGUUAACGUGGUGUCCAGCCCGGAACCGAGUCCUCGUGGAAUCAUAGGCUCAGAAAGUCCUCAUGCGCUGCACAGUGAUGAUGAGCACAUAUCGUCGCCGGAUAAUACCCAUCUUCACCACAGUCAUAUGCACCAUCCAUCGCUUGUUAAUCACCUGCAGCAUAAUGCAACUAAUCAACACAACUAUCAUAGUAUAGCCAGUGGCCUAAGUAAUAACAACAAUAGUUUCUCGCAUAGUCCAGAAUCUCAGCUUAGUCCUCCAAAAACACCUCCACCGACGGAUCAUCAUCAACAUUCGUUAGAAGGAUCACCCACGGUGGGGAAAACUUCUGCAACGCCCGGAUACACUAGCUUCUCAAUAUCCAGCAUUCUUAGCCGUCAUGAGCCUAAUUCUAAGAAAGGUGUCGGUGUGAUAGCACCUAUCCCAUCAUUGCCACUGUCCGCUGCAGCGGCGGCAGCAGCUGCUGCUGUUGUCUCGUCGAAUGGAAACGGUGGAGCCACGAGUCCACAAGAUGCAGCCAUGCUUUCCAGAUUAGGAUUCAUGUCACAAUGGAGCGCGAUAGCGAAUCGGUACGCAGCCCUCUGUCCUCCCGGGUGGCCUUGGCCUCCAGCAGCCCAUCGGAUGCCGUUUCAUAGUCCCACUAAUGACAGCACGGGAAGCAUGCUGGAGAAUCAGUCUCCCUCGCUAACGCCUCCACCAUCGCAGCAAUCCAAAACACCGCCACCACAUCCGGCGUUUAUAGGAAACGCGGUUGGCGGCGGUCGAUCAAAUGGUGGCAACACCGUCGGUACACUCAGCAACUCUCACAGUGGGCUUGGAUCCGGAGGAAGCAGCCUUGGUGGUUGCAGUGGCAGCACCGGUGGCGAUGAUUGUGAAUCCGAUGACGACGGUCAGGAGAUCAUCGAGGAGGAUGAUGACGGUAGCGAUAGGCCGUCGGACUCCGCUUCGCCCAACUCGAAUGGAGCGAUGCAAGCCAAGCGGAAAAAGAAAACCCGGACGGUGUUUUCCAGGGCACAGGUAUUUCAACUGGAAUCGACGUUUGACUUGAAAAGGUACCUAAGCUCGUCGGAGCGCGCUGGUCUGGCAGCAUCCCUUCGUCUGACCGAGACGCAGGUGAAAAUCUGGUUUCAGAAUCGUCGUAACAAGUGGAAACGACAACUGGCAGCCGAGCUGGAGGCUGCCAAUAUGGCGAACAUGGCGCAUGCGGCCCAACGACUCGUACGCGUGCCAGUACUAUAUCACGAUGGGUCCGGCGGUGGUUUUGUCCCUCCUCCGCCGCAUCCCCACUCUCAACAGUUGUACUACACGGCGGCAGCGGCGCGUGGAGGUAGUCCACCAAGACCACCACUCUCUUCCUUGGUGUAAUAUUGUGUUUCGAACAUCGGUACCACCUGCAGCAGCAUUAUCGCCACAAUUGGUAGCGACGGUUGUAGUAGUGAUAAUUGGAACCAGCAACAGUAGUAGUGCAGAUGUAUCGUGAUUCGCUUUGUGAAGCAAUUUUAUCGUAAUAGUGAAUACCAAAUCGAACAGAGGCAUUAGUUUAAGCAAUGCCGGAUGAUACAAACAUGAAUUUUAUUGAAUAAAAUGUAAAUAGUGUUGAAGUAUGUACGUCGAGAACGAAUACAAGAUUUUAAUAUGCUACGUGUAAGAUAUAUAUUUCUUCUAUAGCCCUUUCGUCUACUGAAUACUCUAAACGUCACUUUGAACGAGAAGAAAUUAACACUAUCAAUUUAAACUAUAUAACAAAUUGGCUGUAGAUGAAUAUGAGCUAUGUGCUUAUGGAGUCAGAAGGCGCCCUUUUAACACGAGCAUUCGCAAAUGCUUAUCUGAAUCACAAGUACAUAAAGUAUAAUAACUCAAAAAUGAUGAUUUUAACCUUUAAACGGCAAGUCUUUCAUUUUGCCAAAAUAGUAAUUAUGAAAAAUUACAUGCCAGCCAAACUAUUUUGUGUCAUGUUUAGGUACGAACAUCUGAUCGAGAUAAUGUAUAUAAUUGCAAUACAUCUUGCGGUUCCUAUUUAGUGAAACUAUAUUUAAUAAGUGAAUAACGUUUUUUGAACUUUAAAAAUUCCAAAUUAAUCCAUUGCUUUCCUUGUGCAGAUUAUUUAAAAUCCUAUCGUAGACAUGUGAGAUCAGUUCCAAUCCAUUCCUUGAACAUUGUACAGUGUAAAUAGAUUGUUUCAAUCUUUAGUUUGUUGUAGUAUAUUUGUAUAUGUAUUUUUAGAAUAUACAGUACAUAUAAGUAGUCUAAAUGCUAAACAAGUUUAACGACAUAGCAAAGAAAGCAAACAAAUGAAAUUAUCGAUAGAAUAUGCAGCCAAAGUCUUAUGAUGUAUGGCCAAUCAUAAAUGAUAAAUAUAAUAU